CUUCAUCCACACCCAAGAAGAACGAGCACAAGAACGGCGAUGUUGCCCUCGUGUGUGCAGCUUGUGAGGCGAGCGAUGGUUGGCCGUGGUGCUGUAGCUGGCACAGCGGCGUCGGCAACGGCUGCGUUGGCUCGCCCAGCACCCAGUGUACUCGCUGCCUUGUCUCGCACAUCCAACACAUUCCAAAGACCUCUUCACACAGGGGCGCCCGUGAUGGAGGCGACGCCAAACAGGGGUGCUCGUGGCCACGACCUUCCAGAAACGGCGCGCGAGGUGACACAGGGGUGCCCCGCUUGCCCUUACAAGGAGGAGAUUGACUACAAGAAUGUUCGCUUCCUGUCACAGUUUGUGUCUCCACAGACGGGACAAAUCCUCCGACGGUCAUCCACAGGUCUCUGUAGCAAAGCACAACGCAAGAUCGCAAAGGCCAUCAAGCGCAGCCGGCACUUUGGACUGAUGCCGCACGUAUACCGUGCCCACGCCGAGGACCCCGUCUUUACCUCUGGCGGCAAGCACCCCGUGCCCAGCAGCCGCUAAUGCAGUGUGUGUCUGUCUGUAUCAGUUUGUGGCUGUGUCAGGUUGUGUAUGUUUGUAUCUGUGCGUGUGUGAGUGUGUGAGUGUGUGUGUAUGUCUCUGUCUCUCUCUCUCCCUCUGUCUGUCUGUCUGUCUGUCUCUCUCUCUCUCUCUCUCUCUCUCUCUCUC